AUGCUUCUUGAACUUAAAGCGCCUAUCAAUAUUUGCGGUAAUAUUUGUGGUCAAUAUACAGAUCUACUUCGUCAUUUCGAACAUGGCGGCGUUCCACCCGAAUCAAACUAUCUGUUCCUCGGGGGUUAUGUCAAUCGUGGUAAACAAUCUUUAGAAACAAUAUGUCUUCUUCUUGCCUACAAAUGUUUCAAUUGUCUUCCGGCAGCUGCUAUUAUCAAUGAGAAAAUCUUUUGUUGUCACGGAGGUCUAUCACCUGAGCUUCAUAGUUUGGACCAAAUUCGACAGAUCCAGCGACCAACUGAUGUACCCGAUUGUGGUCUUCUUUGUGAUCUACUAUGGUCUGAUCCGAGUAAUAACGUGGAAAACUGGCAAGAAAAUUAUGGUGUUUCAUCUGAAUUUGGUGCUAAUGUAGUGACAGAAGUUGUCGAAGAUGGUUACGAAUUUUUUGCUAAUCAUCAAUUGGUUACUAUCUUUUCAGCACCAGAUUAUACUGGUGAAUACGAUAAUGCAGGAGCAAUUAUGUCGAUCGAUCAAAAUCUGACAUAUUCAUUUAAGAUUCUUCAUUCGCGUACUAAACAAAUAAAUAACCAAAACAAUAAUAUGAACAAUUUAUCUUUAACUCAAAUGGAUAUUUGCCAAGAAAAUGUGCAUCAGACUAAUAUUGGCAAUGGCGAAGCAUUGAAAGACUCUAAUGUAUAUACACUUAAUAAAGAAGCUUGA